AUGGGUGGCUGUCUAUCAACCAAUCGAGGCCAUCAAGGACCGGUGCCUCCAGGCCAGAGACUCGACCGACCGCUCAAGCGUCCAAAGGACUGGCUUUACAAUACAGCUCAUGGACCAGCUCCCACUGCCUCCGCCCUUCAACGAUUACGAGAUGAUUUUUGGUUCACUCAAGUCUCGGGAAGGCCUGAGAUCUGGAGCACGAUCAAAGCAGUCUGCGAGAUGUUGAUGGCCGACAAGAGCGAUGCACAGCUGAAAACUGCGAGGGAAAUGCUAGCUGCUGCCGAGAUUACUCUCCCCGAUGGUACCUUCAUCGGUGGCGCCUGGGACAAAGCAGGGAACAAUUACAUAGUUCCCCGUCACAUUAUUUCCAAUCCUAUGAACGUUCGUGCAGCAUCCAUACCAAGAAAUUCAAGCGACAGUUGGGAAUCGAGUGAAUCAGGCAAAGCAAGUAUGUCUGGAGGACCAGGUCCAAGCGAUAGCGUCACCACCAUAUCUUAUAUGAUCAAGUUCCGAGUUCAAUAUGGUCACGAUGCCAUAGACGUUACGAUGCAAGCCUGGAGUGACGAAAAGGUGAAGAAAAUCGCAAAACGUCUGGUCAAAAAAGCCGGUCUCUCCACUGACACCCACAAGGCUUCUGUAUUUAUGGAUGGUAAACCGUUCGACUUGAAGAAGAAGUUGAAUGAUCCUGGUCAACCAGCAUGGCUGGCAAACCGCAUCCUCCAGGUCUUCAUCCGACCAACCACUGAUCCUCAGUCAUCUCCAUCGCCUCCCGACCCCAAUGACAAACUUCUAGUUCCUUUCCCUCCACCAGCACCACCUACAACUGCCCCAUCUGACCACCCAGAGGCAGGACCUUCAAUGCCCUCCGCAGAGAAUCAACCAGGGCCAUCUAAUCGGGAACAUAGUUCAGACUCGAAGUCAUCAGGGGAAAGUCAGACUCCGACUUUGGCUCCAGACCCUACAUCAGACUAG